AAACGUCGCAGUUCCCAAAAUGGAUCUAUACUACCUGCCUUUUGUCAGCGCCUGCCGCUCCGUUUUAAUGGUGGUCAAGGCCCUAGAUCUAGACCUGAACAAGAAAAUACUCAACACCCGGAAAGGAGAGCAGUUGAAUCCGGAUUUCAUUAAGAUCAACCCCCAGCACACGAUCCCCACUUUGGUGGACAAUGGAUUUACCAUCUGGGAGUCGCGUGCCGUCGCCAUUUAUCUGAUCGAACAGUACGGAAAGGACGAUUCCCUCUAUCCUAAGGAUCCCAAGAAGCAGGCGGUGAUCAACCAACGUCUUUACUUUGACAUGGGCUCCAUGUAUCCCUCGCUGGCCAACUACUAUUACAAAGUGUUUGUUACCGGUCAGUUCGGCAGUGAAGAGGAUUUCAAGAAGGUCCAGGACACCUUCGGCUUCUUGAACACCUUCCUUGAGGGCCAGGAGUAUGUGGCUGGCGACCAGUACACCGUGGCCGACAUUGCCAUCCUUGCCAGUGUCUCCACCUUCGAUGCCCUCGAUUUCGACAUUAGCAAAUAUCUAAAUGUGGCCAAGUGGUAUGAAAAUGUCAAGAAGAUCACUCCUGGUUGGGAGGAGAACUGGCAGGGAGCUCAGGAUGUGAAGAAUGCGCGAAUAGCUCACAGUAAUCGCACUCGCACCAGCAACAUGGAUUUUUACUACUCACCUCGUGGCAGUGGAUGUCGCACCAUUAUCAUGGUGGCCAAGGCCCUGAAUUUGGAGCUAAACAAGAAGCAGUUGCGUCUCACGGAGGGGGAGCACCUGAAACCGGAGUUCCUCAAGAUCAAUCCCCAGCACACCAUUCCCACAUUGGUGGAUAAUGGAUUCGCCAUUUGGGAAUCCCGUGCCAUCGCCGUGUAUCUGGUGGAAAAGUACGGCAAGGACGACUCGCUCUUCCCCAAGGAUCCUCAGAAACGUGCCCUGAUCAAUCAGCGUCUUUACUUCGACAUGGGAACUCUGCACGAUUCCUUCAUUAAAUACUAUUACCCCUUCAUCCGCACUGGCCAACUUGGAGAUGCCGAGAAUUUCAAGAAGGUCGAAGCUGCCUUUGAGUUCCUGGACAUUUUUCUGCAGGGCCAGGACUACGUGGCUGGUGAUCAGUUCACCGUGGCCGAUAUUGCCAUCCUCUCCAGCGUUUCCACAUUCGAAGUGGUUGAGUUCGACAUCAGCAAAUAUCCGAAUGUGGCCAGGUGGUACGCCAAUGCCAAGAAGAUCACUCCCGGAUGGGAAGAGAACUGGGAGGGCCUGCUGCAGAUGAAAGCGAUGUAUGAGGCUCAAAAGACCUCUGCAAAGUGAAAAUAUUUUCAUAACUUAUUUUAUUUAUUACUUGAAUCUAAAUAAACGCAUUCGUGUGAAAUAAAGAAAAAUUAAUAUUAUUUUCUUUAACUGAAAGCACUGAAAUAACAAAGAACCUACUCCAUAACCUACAAUAAACAUUUACGUACAUAAUACUUCUACCGGCACAAUCUGCUCACAAUCACAAAAAUAAACACAAACAAAUGGCAAA